AUGCUCACCGUCAACAGUCGCCCUUCGUCUUCGUGCUCACAAUCAACAGUCGCCGUCGCCCUUCGUCUUCAUGCUCACCGUCAACAGUCGCCCUUCGUCUUCGUGCUCACAAUCAACAGUCGCCGUCGCCCUUCGUCUUCAUGCUCACCGUCAACAGUCGCCCUUCGUCUUCGUGCUCAUCGUCAACAGUCGCCGUCGUGCUGUUGGAUUCUCCUUCGUCUUCGUUCGUUCGUCAACAGAAAAAUGAACUUCUUAAGAUGCUUUUGUAUCGAAGAUUUUCAAAUGGGGAAGUCGACCCACAGUGGUUUCUUCUCCAGUGAUCUCCUCCCGUCGCUAGGUGCCAACUUCAACCGUUCGGCUCCGCUAAAGAGAUACACGGUCAGCCCUUUUGAUAGGAAAUACAGGGCCUGGGAGAUGUUUCUGGUUAUUUUGGUCAUUUACUCAGCCUGGAUUUCACCCUUUGACUUUGCAUUUCUUGACGAUAAGCAAGGGGCCCUACGCAUCUUCGAUAACAUUGUCAAUGGCUUCUUCGCCAUUGAUAUCGUUUUAACUUUCUUUGUGGCGUACCUUGAUAGCCAAUCGUACGUUCUUGUUGAUGAUCACAAGAAAAUAGCAGUGAGGUACCUAUCAACCUGGUUUAUGUUCGAUGUCAGCUCAACCGUGCCAUUUCGAUCUCUCAGCCUCCUCUGCACGGAUCGUAAAAGCGAGAUUGGCUUCAAAGUACUCAGCAUGCUUAGACUAUGGCGUCUUCGAAGAGUUAGCUCCCUCUUUGCAAGGCUUGAGAAGGACAUCAGGUUCAACUACUUCUGGAUCCGUUGUACGAAACUCACCUCAGUGACUCUUUUCGCGGUACACUGUGCUGGAUGCUUCAACUACUUGAUAGCGGAUAGAUAUCCGGAUCCAAAUAAAACUUGGAUAGGUGCAGUUUAUCCGGAUUUCAAAAACGAUAGCAUCUGGAACAGGUACGUAACAGCACUGUAUUGGUCGAUCGUAACUCUGACAACAACUGGCUACGGAGAUUUUCAUGCUGAGAACACGAGAGAGAUGCUGUUCGAUAUCUUCUACAUGCUAUUCAACUUGGGAUUGACGGCUUACCUCAUUGGGAACAUGACAAAUCUCGUUGUCCAUUGGACUGGCAACACCAGAGAUUUUAGGGAUAAAGUCGCUGCUGCUUCAGAAUUCGCAAAAAGGAAUCAGCUUCCUCCACAGAUAAAAGAUCAAAUAUUGUCGCACAUCUGUCUAGAUUACAAAACGGAAGGGUUGAAACAGCAAGAUACCUUAAAUUGUCUGCCGAAAGCCAUCCGUGCAAGCAUUUCACGCCAUCUCUUUUACCCAAUAGUGCAAAAUGUCCAUUUGUUUCGUGGCAUUUCCCAUGAGUGCCUCUUCCAGAUGGUUUCUGAAAUGGAAGCAGAGUACUUUCCGCCAAAGGAGGUCGUGAUUCUACAAAAUGAGACUCCAACAAAUCUGUAUAUACUGGUUACUGGAGCAGUGGAUAUAAUUGCAAAUAAUGAUGGGCAGGAUCAGAUUGUAGGAAAGGCUGUGUCUGGAGAAAUGUUUGGAGAAACAGGAAUUCUAUAUAAUACACCUCAGCCAUUCACAUUCCAGACAACUGAGAUUUCUCAGAUGCUGCGUAUGGAUGGUUCUUCACUACUCAGGAUUAUUCACACAAAUACGCAGGAUGGGUUCAUUAUAAUGAACAACUUUUACAUGAAACUGAAAGGUCUGGAAAGCUUUGGACAUGCUAGUCAGCCCAAUAAUCCAGCUUUGGUUUCGAGUGAGCAGUCCCAUGGAGGAACGACUAUGGAAAAUUCUUCUAGUCAUUUACGUAAUUAUUCAAAUGCAGAUCAGGUUACAAGGGAACCAAGUGAUAUAGAUUAUUUAGAUUCAGGUGAUAUAGAGAAGCAAGAACAGAUAAACAACUCUAUAUCGAAUAAGAAUGAAAAAAAUGUGAACUCACCAGCAGAGGAUGGCCAAACUGCUCUUCAUGUUGCAGUAAAGAAAGGCCAUUUAGAAAUGGCAAGGCUUCUUCUGGAAGGAGGAGCAAACAUGCACAAGCCAGAUAUAAGAGGAUGCACGCCAAAAUCUCUAGCUCAACAGCAGGGAAACAAAAGCAUAUAUGACCUUCUAUUAAGUCAUGAAAACAGGAGGAAUGAACACAAAAUAGAAUUCAUCGACCCAGAAACAACGAAUAGUACACUGACAAGCCGGUACUUACCAACAACAAACAGGGACCCUAGUUGUUCCACCUCACUUGUAGAGCCUGCUUUCUUGAGCUCAAGCAGUUCCACCAGUUAUACAGGCAGAAAUGUUAAGAAACUGAUGAAGAGGGUUACCAUUCAUGCAAACUUCCAGGAGAGCGCAUCAGAAAAGCAGCUUCCAAAGCUCAUGGUCCUACCAGAUUCAUUAGAAGAAUUAUUGAUCUUUGCAGGUCAAAAGUUUGGAGGCCAAAAUUUUGCAAAAGUUGCAAACUCAGAGAAUGCAGAAAUAGAUGAUUUAAGUGUCAUCCGAGAUGGGGACCACUUGUUUCUCCUUCCAAAUGAUUGUGAAUGUAGGGAUUAUAAUGUGAUCUAAGGAGUAUGAGAAGCAAUAUAAGAGAAAUUAUGAAAAGUUGAGCUUGUAGCAUCAGCAAGUUUCUAUUUAAUCAAAA